CGGACGCGCAGACCUGGGCUGGCUGCACCGACGGCCGCCCGGGCCGAGCGUACUGCGGGUCGCUCGCUGCGCGCGCGCUGCGACCCUGGGGCUGGGACAGGAGUGGCCGCGGCGUCCUUGGCGAGCCUUGCUAGCUUAGGCUGUCUGUCCUCAGCUUUUAGAGCUCCUACAUACCCACCAUGGCUGGACUGCUGAAGAGGAAAUUUGACCAGCUGGAGGAGGACAAUCUCAGCUCCUCGUCCUCCUGCAGUCUGUCUCUCUCUUCCUCCCCUGGUUCUUCUGUCUACCCUGCCUGGAACUCAGAUGAGGAGGGACCCUGUGGUCUGGUGACCCAGCCUGAUCAGGACUCCUGUGGCACCCGGAGUUUCACUUCUCCCCCAUCCAUCCUGAAGCGGGCUCCUCGGGAGCGUCCGGGUCGCGUGGCCUUUGAUGGCAUCACUGUCUACUAUUUUCCACGGUGCCAGGGAUUCACCAGUGUGCCCAGCCGCGGUGGCUGUACCUUGGGCAUGGCUUCUCGCCACAGCGCCUGCCGCCUUUUCUCCUUAGCCGAGUUCACACAGGAGCAGGUCCAGGCUCGGCGUGAGAAGCUCCGUCAACGCAUGAAGGAGGAGAAACUAGAGGCGCUGAGAUGGAAGCUUUCGGUGGCUGGAGUUCCGGAGACGGCGGCAGGCCUGCCCCUCACCGCGGACGCCAUCGACGAUGCCUCUGUAGAGGAGGACUUGGCAGCGGCUGUGGCAGGUGGCCGCCUGGAGGAAGUGAAUUUCCUACAGCCUCACCUGCCUCGGCAACGGCGGGCCCUGCUUCGGGCUUCUGGUGUACGAAGGAUCGAUCGAGAGGAAAAACGGGAGCUGCAGGCGCUGCGCCAGUCCCGGGAGGAUUGCGGCUGUCGCUGUGAUGGAGUCUGUGACCCUGAGACCUGCAGCUGCAGCCUAGCUGGCAUCAAGUGCCAGAUGGAUCACACAUCGUUCCCCUGUGGCUGCUGUAGCGAGGGCUGUGAGAACCCCAAUGGCCGAGUGGAGUUCAAUCAGGCAAGAGUUCAGACACACUUCAUCCAUACGCUCACCCGCCUGCAGAUGGAACAGGGUGCCGAGAGCUUGGGGAACCUGGAGUCCCCUGUCCAGGACAGUCCUGUUGAACAAACGUUGCCUUCCCCUUUUCCACUGGCUAAGUCCCCUGUGAGCAGUGAGCUAGGAGAAAACAGCUGUAGCAGCGACAUGACAGACUCUUCCUCAUCCUCAUCCUCGUCUUCGUCCUCCUCCGCUGCCAGUAGUGAGUCUCCAGACCACCUCGCCCACCCUAGCCUGCCAGGUCCCAGCGUCCAGUCUGGUGUGGAUGAAGACAGCCUUGUACAGAUCCUGAAUUUCAGUGACUCGGACCUCGGUGUCGAGGAGGAAGAGGAGGAGCCGGGAAGGGGUGUGGGCAACUUGGAUAACCUCAGCUGCUUCCAUCUGUCUGACAUCUUCGGUACCGGUGACCCCAGUAGCCUGGCCAGCUGGACUCACAGCCAGUCUGGCUCAAGCCUUGCACCUGGCAUCCUGGAUGAGAAUGCCAACCUGGACGCCAGCUGCUUCCUAAACAGCGGACUUGGAGGAUUGAGAGAAGGCAGCCUCCCUGGCAGUUCCGGGUCCCCUGAGGUGGAGGCCGUCCAGAGUGGCUCCUUGGACCUCAGUUCAUCCUCCUGUGACUCCUUUGAGCUGCUCCAGGCUCUGCCAGAUUACAGUCUGGGACCUCACUAUACAUCCCGAAGGGUAUCCGGCAGCCUGGACAGCCUUGAGGCCUUCCACCCUUUGCCCAGCUUCUCUCCACCAAGGGAUGCCAGCACUUGCUUCUUGGAGUCCCUCGUGGGCCUGUCGGAGCCCGUUACUGAUGUCCUGGCUCCCCUCCUGGAGAGCCAAUUUGAGGACACUGCCCUGGCAUCUUUGAUGGAGCCUGUCCCAGUGUAAGGACUGGGGUAACUUUUUCCUGCCUCCCUCAGACCCUGUAGCUCCUUUUGGUGUGAUUCUGGGGGUCCCCAAGGUCUAUUAUGUAACAGUCUCCCAUGGCCUAGUCUUGGCUGCGGGUGCUCUAUUUUUACAUUAACACUCUGAAUUUAUUUAUUUAAAAAAAAAUUUCCCCCCUGUACUGAAGAAAGGGUGGGAAAGGGUAUUGCUCUCUUAAGAUCUGGUCUCUUUAUAUCCAGAGGUCUUCCACCUCUCACUGUGUGCCCAGGGGAGGAAGGGAGGGGCUGUCCUGGAGCCCCUCAUACACUUUCUGUACUGUAGAAUGCUCCUUGGUCCAGAGACAGCGGCAGAGCUGAGCAGGGCCUUAUGGCCUCCUGCGAACCAUGGGAGCUAGAUCUUCUGGACUGUGAAGAUGUAAUUUAUUUCAGUAAUUUAUUUGGGGACUGAGACAGCAGUGGUUGAGCCGCUCUGACAGGUGGGCAGUGUUGGGGCCAAGUCCCUUCUGUGUACGCUGCCAUUCUGGGCUUUGCAGGGGAGUGGGUUUGAACCUGU